CAUAUACCCGUGACGUACGUUUCCUGUUUACAAACAGAGGAAGACAGGGCAACUUUACCCUGAAGCAACGAACCCGUUAUUUACGACAUUAAUCGUGUUUCUCUCACUUUGCGUCUUUAUCAGGAUCCUCGUCUGAAGCGUCUUUGGUGAUGUUGACGAACCGAAACCUUUAGCUCAACGCAAACGAGCCGUCGUGCCUCUAUUUAUAUAAAGCUAAUGCUAAAGCUAACCGAGGCUAGCUGAAUGCUAAGUGUUAGCCAAGGGAUUAUGUGGGUUAAAUGGUGUUUUAAUAUAUAAUACAUGGAUAAAUUAUAUUAUGAUUCUUAAAUUAACCCGCUAGCUACCUGGCUAAGUUAAUAAGUAUUUCCUAAACAUGGUAUUUGUGGCUUCUAACGUGCUGGACGCUACUAGACGUUUCAAAUCUGACGUUUCACAUUGUUUGCGACUAUAGCAAGAGCAGUGUCCUAACCUGGAAAGGGACGUCGUCACUGGGACGGAAUUUCUAUGAAACACCGGUGAAACUAGGAUCUCUCCUCAUGGCUACUUUCGGGUUCACUCCUGCCAGUGAGCAGGAUUUCUUCUGCGCUGAGACGAUGGGUCAGUCCAGCUCUAAAACGAACUGUGUGAUCACCGGGGAAGAGGCCAGGCAGUUCUACGAGAACUUAACCAAAGAAGGUGCUCGAGGAAAAGAAGCAUCAAAGAGUGUCCGCAGACAAACCCGAGAGUCCAACAGAAGAGCCCGGAGGAGAGACAGGGCUGCGGAGACGCAUCAGAACCAACAAACCAGUUCAAGAGUGGAAAGACAGACUGGGAGAGGAAGUGGAGACUCCCACAGGAGAGAGACGCCAUCGAGCAGCAACUCAGAGGGAUCCACGGAGCUCCUGGGACUCAGGUUCCUGCGCUGUGCCAACGAGGGGGACGUCCCUGCCCUCAGAGACCUGCUCUCCAGGGGGGUGGACAUAAACUUCCAGGAUUCGUACUUCUGGACGGCGAUGAUGUGUGCGAGCUGGUCUGGACAGAGAGCUGCGGUGAGGCUGCUGCUGACACAGGGAGCCGCCUGGGUGGGGGUGGUCGACACACGGGGAAGGGAUGCCAAAGACCUGGCAAUGGAAGCUGGCCACCGUGACGUGCUAGAGGAGUUGGCGAGCUACGGGAGAAGUGCUCAGGAAGACACUGAGUUGGGUGGCAGUUCCUUUCAGGCUCAGUGGUGUGACGUGUGUUGCAACCAGUACAGCAGCAGCCUGUCGUCUCAUCUCUCCUCCACUCUGCACCAGUUCAGUGUGCGGCAUCCUCCCCCCACCCCACUCUACUGUCUCCCCGCCUCCAGCAACAGCUACAAGAUGAUGCUCCGCUGUGGCUGGAAACCAGGGUCAGGACUGGGCCCAGAGGGGGAGGGGCCCCAGCAGCCAGUGCCAACUGUGCUGAAGAGGGACCAUGAAGGUCUGGGCUUCGGACACAUGAGAAGAGCCAAAGUUACACACUUCCAAGCCCGGGACCGUGACGCUAUCAAACCACCAUUCAAGCAUCUACAGGAGAGAAAAGAAAAAGGGAGGAGGAAGGAAGAAAGUAGCAGAAAAGAGCAAAGGGAUAAAGAGUGGGAGAAAGAUUUCCGUGCCUCUUUUAAUUAUUGACAUCUGCUCACCAGGAUUUUCCCUCUCCCACCUAUUUAACUGAAAGUACUUCAAAAACAUGAGACCCACCCUCACUAAGCAGACGGGACGAUUUAAUCGACACUAUCUCUGACCUGAGAUUCAUCUUUGACCUGAGAUUCAUCUCUUUAAGAAAAGAUGUUUGUGUUUGUUUACUGUGACAAUGUUUGUAAAUCUACCAGAAGUUUUUUUUUUCACAUGGAGCAUAAUAUAAAUACCUUGACUCUACCUCCAAGCUUAUCCUCGGUCAAUCAGUUGUGGUUAUGCCUGCAGGUUAUACAUUCGCCAAAUGUGUCAUUGUGUUUAUAUUACUAAAUAUGGAUGGUUACCAUUGACCCACAAAGACAAACAAACAUGACAGAGACCACUGAAAUGUUCAUGACGUGGGAAAGGAAGGUUUAUUUAGUGUCAGAAGAUUAUGUUUUGUUAUUAUAUUUACUCUUUCUCCUCAAGUCGGCGUCAGUCGACCACCAGUUCUACUCGGACUUUACAUUUGGUAAACAACAUAUUUGCAUCAUUCAAAAUAUGUAAAUUAUUUGAUGUAUUCUGUAUUUCGCAUAAAACGACAUGAUACAAAAAUCAACACGAUCACUAUUAUUGGUUUACAUAAGAUUUCAAUUUUCUGAUGAAAACGAUCAUAGUGUGUGUGUGCGGCAUUGUCAAUAAAUUAAGAGGAUAAUUCAGUCUUGA